CUCAGCACUACGGGGAUGUUUAACUGUCUCUGUCCGUCCGUCUUUCCCUCACAGAGCUCUCUAUCAGAGACGCUGGACAGCAUGAACAGUCUGGACGCCCAGCGUAUGGACAUGAUCUACACUAUUGAAGACGUGCCUCCCUGGUACCUCUGUAUAUUUCUGGGCAUGCAGCACUAUCUGACGUGCUUCAGUGGCACCAUCGCUGUCCCCUUCCUCCUCGCCGAGGCCAUGUGUGUCGGGUUCGACCAGUGGGCUACGAGCCAGCUGAUUGGCACAAUCUUCUUCUGCGUGGGCAUCACAACGCUGCUGCAAACGACCUUUGGGUGCAGGCUCCCUCUGUUUCAGGCCAGUGCUUUUGCUUUCCUUGCCCCAUCCCGUGCCAUCCUCUCCCUGGACAAGUGGAAGUGCAACACCACAGAUGUCUCGUUAAUGAACUCCACUCGCUUACUGCACACAGAAGAUAUCUGGCACCCGCGGAUACGAGAGAUCCAGGGUGCGAUCAUCGUCUCCUCUCUGAUUGAGGUGUGUAUCGGUUUUCUGGGGCUUCCUGGGGUCCUCCUGAAGUACAUCGGGCCCCUGACCAUCACCCCAACCGUGACCCUCAUCGGCCUGUCGGGCUUCCAGGCCGCCGGGGAGCGAGCGGGCAAGCACUGGGGCAUCGCCAUGCUGACUAUUUUCCUGGUGCUGCUCUUCUCCCAGUACGCCCGCAAUGUCCAGUUGCCUUUCCCAGUUUACAAGUCCAAGAAAGGCUGGACUGCUUACCGUUUCCAGCUCUUCAAGAUGUUUCCGAUUAUCAUGGCUAUCCUGAUGUCCUGGCUCAUCUGCUUCAUUUUCACCGUGACGGACGUCUUCCCCCCUGAAAAGGGCAAGUACGGGUACUACGCCCGCACUGACGCGCGCCAGGGCAUCCUGGCUGUGGCUCCGUGGUUCAAAGUGCCCUACCCCUUCCAGUGGGGAGUUCCGACGGUCUCUGCGGCCGGCGUGAUUGGCAUGCUGAGCGCGGUGGUGGCCAGCAUCAUCGAAUCUAUCGGGGAUUACUACGCCUGUGCCCGUCUCUCCUGCGCCCCCGCUCCUCCUGUCCAUGCCAUUAACAGGGGGAUUUUCAUUGAGGGGCUCUCCUGCGUGCUGGAUGGCAUGUUCGGGACGGGGAAUGGAUCGACCUCCUCCAGCCCAAACAUUGGAGUUCUGGGGAUCACCAAGGUGGGCAGUCGGCGUGUGAUCCAGUACGGCGCUGCGAUGAUGUUGCUGCUGGGCACGGUGGGGAAGUUCAGUGCGCUGUUCGCCUCUCUGCCAGACCCCGUCCUGGGGGCGCUCUUCUGCACGCUGUUCGGGAUGAUCACGGCGGUCGGCCUCUCUAACCUCCAGUUCGUGGACCUGAACUCGUCCCGGAACCUCUUCGUUCUGGGGUUCUCCAUCUUCUUCGGGCUGGUGCUGCCCAGCUAUCUGAAAGAGAACCCUCUGGUCACAGGUGUCGAGGGGAUUGACCAGGUCCUGAACGUCCUACUCACCACGGCCAUGUUUGUGGGCGGCUCCGUGGCGUUCUUGCUGGACAACACCGUCCCAGGCACAGUGGAGGAGCGCGGGAUCAAGAAGUGGAAGCGCGGGAUUGCCAAGGGGAAUUCCGAACUGGAGGGCAUGGAAUCCUACGACCUGCCCUUCGGGAUGUCUUUCCUCCGGAGGUACUGGAUAUUCCAGUACAUGCCCAUCAGCCCCACCUUCGCGGGGUACAACUGGCAACCCUGCGCCAAGAGGGGGACCCCCGAAAUCAGGGGGGUGCAGGAGAGCGGCAGAGGGAGGGAGCUGGGGGUCUAGCCUGUGGGGGGGGGGCACCGUGAUGCGAGACACAGAUAGAGUGGGAGGGCCAGGCUUUAGUUUUAUUUGAAGAUUUUAAAGUUUAAAAAAGCGCUUUUUUUUUUUCAAGCAGAAAUGCACUAUUGAAAUUCUGAAAGGAAAUUUUGGUUUAUUUGUAAUGACAAUAUUAAUUGAACCCAGCUGUGCAAGUGCAUUGUAAGUCCUGUUUGUAGUUAGUGCUCUCUGACUGUCUGUGCUGCUUGUUGUAGGAGUUUGCAAAUUCUUUUUCAGAUUAGUUACUGUAAAAUAUUGCAAUAGCACUUAACACGUAGUCUUAAUCCAGAGGACUAGAAAACUGACCAAAAAAAAAAAAAAGUUUCCUUCAAAUCCAUUUUUUUUAAAGCGUUUUUUAAGACUUUGACACUGGCUCCCCUAACAGAGAGUAGAUCUGUGUGUGUACCUAUCUGUCAAUGUAUAUCUGUCUACCUGCUGAAAAUCUUCAAACUGCUCUCGUCUGUCCUCAUGGUCUCAAUGUGCAUCUAGAGAGAGUUGAUGUACGGAGAGCCUGCACCUUAACGAAAAGGUCAUGACCUUUUUUUUUGGUUUUUUUUUUCUGCUCGUUUUUAUUGCUUCGGUGAGAAACGUUGUUAUGAAGCUCAGGGCCCUGAUUCUCAAGCAAGUUCAAAUUUCCAAUUCUGCAAGGAGGAGAAUGUUCAGAGUCUUGAUGACUCAGUCCUGUAAGCGGGCGCUUUCGGUGCGGGUUCGUGAUCGUUCUUGCGCGCUUCGGAGCUCGGCCGUUACUACGCGAGUCAGGGAUGCUCCGUUGAUUUCUCAACGCGUCCUUUUUUUUUCAAACUGGGAUACCAAAACAAUGUGCCAAUUUUUCAAACUUGAGCAAUAAAAAAAUAAAUAAAAAAAAAACUUAGAAAAGUGAAUCUGGCCUUAUCUCUUAGAUGGGAAUAAAACUCCAAUUGCAUAGCAGUGCGAGCUAUUCCAGGUUUUAUUGUGAGCUUGUGUUAUCUUGUCGCGUUCAGUCUGCACCUUCUCACCCUGCUGUGCAAUAGGAGUGCGCUGCAGAAGGCUGCGUUUGACCUGCUCUUGCAGCUGCAGUUGCAGUGUUCGCCCACCAGGUGGAAGCCAGGAGCUUGUUUCAGAGGUUUAGAGAGGGUACUGCAGCUCCAGGUUUCAAAGUCAUGCUACAGUGGCUUUAAAAAUUCAGGAGAGAGAGCGGUAGAACUUAAAUUCCCAGCCUUGGAGUAAAACCUUCUGUAAGUAGUUGUUAAUUAUAAUUAGUACUGUUGUUGUUGUUUAUUAUUAUUAUUAUUAUUAUUAUUAUUGUUUGUUCAGACUUGUUCUUGAAAUGAAAUGAAUGGUAUUGUCUAUGCAGUGUGUCUCAUUGGAGGGUAUUUAUUUUUUACUUUUGAGUUUGUUUUUGUUUUUUUUAAUUAAUGGAGUAUCGGUGCCUCCUGGUUGGCGGGGGGGAGGGGGGGGGCUCUAUUUGCUACUUUUGUGUAUUUAUUCAAUCGGUCACCUGUUAGUUACCUGACACCUCUGGUAAAUACUAAACUAAGAGAUGUUCCUUCAAUAGGGUCGUUAUUAAGAUAAUCAACAGCAGCCCUUUUACAGAAUGGAGGGCUAGGACUCCGAGCCAUUUUUAAAGAGCUUGUGUAUUUUAUAUUUCUGACCUUUUGAGAUGGGAAGACUGUUCCUAUUGCUCUACAUAUAAGCGUCCGUCCAACAGCUCUCGCACCUCAGCUACAGCAGAAAGAGGAGACUGGGAGCCUCUACAGAUUCAUUGAGUAUAGCAGGGUGUGCAGCCCCGGGUCUGGAGAGCGACAGGGUCCUUAUCACUCUGAGUGCUCCAUGACUUCAUCGAACUGUUCGUUAGCUUAAUUAGACCUUUUUAAUUGUUUUCAGCUUUUAAACAGUUGCAAGUUUCAAGUUAACCAUACCAUUUUAUAAGUAACUUGCAAUCUGAAAUGCGUUAGGCGCUGAGAACAAUUAUACUGGUCUAAUUAAGCAAAUUAUCGGUUCAAUUGAGGGUCUAGUUCAGUAAUUGAGAGCUCAGUGGAAUGAAAACCAGCAGACACAGGGGCUCCCUGAGGACUGGGGUUGAGAACCGCUGGCGUGGAGGACCAGAAGUAUAGUUUUGUUUUCUUUGAAUCCUUUGAAAAAAAAGUUUAAAGACUUUUUUUUAAUUAUCAUUAAACCUUUCUACCCCACCCCCCUCCUGAAAAAAGAUCUAUAUAUAUAUAUUUUUAAAAGAAAUAAGUUUUUAAGCCAGUCAUAUUUGUUUACCUGUUCUUGUUAAAAUGAAUGCAGCUUCAUUAUGGGGCCAAAUCCUCUCUUGCGGGGAGUACAGAGUUGGUUUUAAAUCCACCCUGCUUGGAUGCGUGUGUGUUUUUGUAUUGUCUGGCUGGGCUGUAGUUGUGGCGUCUGCCCACCAGAUGGUAGCAAGGAGCAUCUCGUUGUUGUGAGGCUCAGGCUC